GACUACAUGCCAAAUGGGAAUCUAAAUAAGUGGUUGCAUUCAGACGUAGCUGAUGAACAACCAAGUCUAAGCCUUCUGCAGAGAUUAAGCAUUGCCAUAGAUGUUGGGAAUGGGCUGGAUCAUCUUCAUCACCAUUGCCAAAAGCCAAUUGUUCAUUGCGAUCUAAAGCCAAGCAAUAUUCUUCUUGAUAAUGAUAUGGUUGCUCAUGUUGGAGAUUUUGGGCUGGCAAAGUUUCUUCCUCACCUCAUGAAUCCAACUCAAAGUAGCUCAAUUGGAGUUAGAGGAACAAUUGGUUACGCAGCUCCAGAGUAUGGAUUAGGAAGUGAGGUAUCCAUGAAUGGAGAUGUUUAUAGUUAUGGAAUCCUAUUAUUAGAGAUGGCGACAGGAAAAGAACCCACUGACGAUAUUUUUGUAGAAGGUUUUAACCUUCACAACUUUGCUAGGAUGGCAUUGCCCAACCGAGUGCUGGAGAUUGUAGACCCAAUUCUUUUACAAGAAGAUGAAGGAGGAAAUAACAAUGAAGGUCCAACACAAGCAAGAAAUGACUGCAAAGUCGAAUGCUUGAUUUGCAUGAUCAAGGUCGGGUAGCAUGCUUCAUGCAGUCUCCUCGAGAUAGAAUGGACAUAAGCGAUGCAAUCAAAGAGUUACAUUCAAUUAGAAACAAUUUUAUGCAAGCUAAAAUGGGGCCAUCUUUGUAUCAAAGAGCUGCAUGAAAUUCAAUGUCUCCUUAAAGGUGACUGCAGUUUCACCUAUAUUAAUAGGAAGUGGAAGGGAAAUUUUGUGGCAUCCAAUUAUAAGUGCAAUGGUCGUUGUGUUUUAUGUUCGGGCAUGAACAAGGAAUACUUAGAUGGUUUGUAUGUU